UUGUCUAAAAUCAAAUUGUUGACUAUUCUUCGAUCAUUACCUGUAUUUAUCUAUCCUAAAAGUAAUCCUUUUGGUUUUUUAUUUCAGAUAAUUUAGAUCAGAGAUAUCUUUCUCACCGCCAAAAACCUUUUUGUGGAGGACUAUCAGGAGAUAUUCUACAGAAACGACAGAACCCAAUAUUUUUAUUAAUAAAAUUUGAAUUCUUAAAAUACGUUAUAUUUUUCAUAUAAUUUAAACCUCUCCAGAAAAAAUUAGAAAAAACACAAACUCGAACUUACAAGUGAAUAUAACGCCCUAACAGAGAAUUUUAUCCUCUUUAGCUUUUGGGAAGUCCAACGCGACUAUGAUCGUCCUCUCAAAGGGUGGUUUUUAAUUUAGGCUUGAAGUUAAAGCUUGCUUUUGCUGUUUUAACGGUAGAAAACAUUCCUUAACGAAUUUCGAGGAAUUGUACCGAGUCCAUUCUAGUUACUUAGACCCGACUGUCGUCUGAACGUAAAGUAGAAGUUCUGUUGUGGUACUGUACCCUUUACGGAAAUCAUGUUAACGGUUUACGAGACUCAGGUGGGUGAAGAUCGGGAGUAACAAGCCCUCAAGUGUCUUUACUACAGGGGCAAAGAGAGUUAUGGGAUGAUAAGACUUCCCUAGGUUAGCAGAUUUCUUAGAUUUAAGUUUGGGGAAUACUUUUCCGACUUUCCACAUAUUGCGUAUAUUCUAUUACUAUAUUAUGAAUGGGUACAAUUCGACCAUUACCAAGCCCACAAAAUUGUGAUUUUUAGAAGAAAGAAAUCCUCAAUUUUUAACUGUUUUUCACUUUCUUCGUCUUCGCUUAACUCCAACAAUUACAAGUAUUUACAAAUAAUUUUAAAUGCCUGAUUUUACUUUUAUAUUGUACUCAACAAUCACGUUUGCUUCUUUUUACCUCAUUGACUACCUUAUUUGGUACAAAAUAAAAACAUUACAAUUUCUUCUUGACAAUAGAUAAAUCCUAUUAUAAUUUUCAUUAAAGAUAGUAGUAAUCGCCAAAUUGCGCUCUUUAUUUUAUAUACGUACAUACAUAUAUUGAAAUGAGCAAUUGCGGUAAAUACGUAGAUCGCAAUCCGAGUUUGCGGGCAGCAGGGAAAUGUUUUGUCUCGAAAGAGAAGACGGAAGACGCGCUGAAAAUUUUCUCCACGGAAGAGGCAGCGGAAAAUAUAUUGCUCACCAAAUGCCGCCUCAAUAACAAAAAUGUAAACAACGAUGUUUUGCCCUUCCAGCGAUAUAUACCAGAGGAAAACAUAAAGGAAUUACUUAGUCCUGAAUUGAAAAAGAGUAGAUUUGUUGUAUUCCGCGAAAAAUUUGCCGAAAAUAUGUAUUUCAAGAAACCUGAACUCGGUAAAGUCUUUCCAUUGGACUCGAAACCACAAAAUAUUACCAACGAUAAUACCACCUUUGGGGACUCUACAAUACGAUCCGAAUCAUUAUAUGAUCUCAUAUUACCACGAAAGUCUCCAGAUGAAGUGAACCGCGAAUAUGUUCGCUGGCAUGAAAAGUAUAUUAUCAGCCAUGGUCAUUACUUACCUUCAGAACAAUUAAGUCGCCAUUACAAAAAACCGUUCGACAAGAAUAACCACUUCGGUAUAGUUUACGAUGUGGACUUCAAUGGAAAAUAUGUUAAGAGAGCAAUUCAACAAUGUGAUAAUCUUAUCGUUAUCAGUAAGGCGCAAAAGCAAUUUCUUGAAAGGACUUUGGGCCGUUUGGGACGCAGUAUUUAUAGAGAAAAUCGUUAUAUAACACCCGAAAUGUCUUUCGGUGCACCCUCUGGCGCAGAUGAAUGUAAUGUGAAAGCACUUAUGGAAAUACAAGAUCAGUGUGAAGGAACGAGUCCGCUUAUAACUGCUCUGGGACAUUUAAAUAAAGUGCGACAGAAGCUAUUCGAACGCCACAACUUUCAUAUGCAAGAUUUAAAAUUGGCUUUGGAGAAUCGUGACAUUAAAAAAACAGGACUGUUAACCAUGAAGGAAUUAUUUGAGAUAUUAAGGCGAGAGGGUGUUUAUUGUAAUUCGGAAAAGAUAACUACAGCGCUACGUCAUUUCAAAUUGAUUGAAAACGAGGGUCUACCAACAGAAGGUGUCAAAUAUGAAGAGCUAUGGAAGCUCAUACAUGUACAAUACCCAAUACCAAAAACCGGUAAUAUAUCGAAAAUGCCGCCGAAUAUUUAUAACAAAGAUACCACCUACCGAUUACUCUGUCAAGAUCGAAACAAACCACCCGUUGAAGCCAUACCAUCGAAGCCCUUCGAUCCAGAGAAUGCAGAAGAGCCGACAACUGUCAAGGAUGUUAUAUCUCCUGAUAUUCCAAUGCAUUUCGGGCUUGCCCCAAGUGAUUUCGCUAAAUUACGCCCCAAAGAGGAACUCCGACGUAUUUUUAAACGUUUAUUGGUUGCAGAAAAAUUCGAUAUUAUGUGGGAAACCGCGCAAAAUAAACUAAAACGUUCAAACGAACUGAUAUCAGUAGAUGAACUGCGACUAGCUAUGAAUAGUCAUAAAGAUUAACAUUGUAAAUUGGGAGGUGCAAAUCAGAGUAAUACAAAGUAUUUAAAAUUAA